AUGUGUGACAACCUCACCUGGUCGUCCUGCGGCAAGCACAACUGGGGAAACCGAACCUGUGUCUACGUCUACGCAUACGCCGACGACUCCAUAACCACCGGCCACCUCGACGCCGACACCUUCACGUUCACGGCCACCGAUGGCACCGGGCAGGCCACCGUUCUGGACCUGGCCUUCGGCUGCGGUCUCUUCAACAACGAGAUUUCCACGUCCAACGAGAUCGGUAUCGCCGGCUUCGGGCGCGGCGCGUUGUCCCUGCCGUCGCAGCUCAAAGUGGACAACUUUUCCCAUUGUUUCACCGCCAUAACAGGAUUGGGGACGGGCGGCACGAUCAUCGACUCUGGCACUGGCAUGACAACGCUGCCCCAGGACGCGUACAAGCUCAUGCACGACGCGUUCACGGCUCAGGUGAGGCUGCCCGUGGACAACGCGACGUCGUCGUCGCUCUCGCAGCUCUGCUUCUCGGUGCCGCGGUGA